AUGGAGAGAAACACAGAGUUGAGGGGGCCGAGUAAGCCAGAAGACAGGGCCAGAAGUUACUCUGGUGUUGUUUCUCAUGGUGAUGGGAAUAGAGAUGGUGGUCAAGCUGAUGGAUUUCGGGUGCCAAAAUACCAUCAAGGUAAGGGGAAAGGCAGGAUGCAUGAUGACUAUGGUCCUAAACGGUCUAAGGGUGGUGAUCGUGGCAAUAAUAGAUCCCAGAAUCAUCGUAACAAUAAUGGGAUAGAGGAUGCUCGUAGUGGUCGAUAUCAGGGGGAGCAUUCUCGAAGUUUUGAUUAUGAAAGGCAUCGUUCUCACUCUCAAGUGCGAAGGACUCAUGGUGAUGGUGAAGACAAAGCUUUGAAUAACGACGCUCAGCAAGAAGAAGGCGAGAUCGAGAGCUCAAAGGAUAGCCAACAUGAGAUGGAGAAACCUCAGUCUCCCUUAACAGGGAGUUCACAGCCUGUUCCUAUACAAGUGGAACCAGCUCAUCGCGAGGAGGAUUUGGAUGGUGAGAAAGAUCUUCUGGCCGGGGAAGUCCCGAAUUUUAGUGCUCAUGGUAUGGAGCUUGAAGGUAAUCUCUUUGUUGUUGAGGGGGAAGAGACGCUUCAGGGAUCAGAGGAUGAUUUCCAAGACCUCACGGAUGAUGAGGGGAAGGAGAUACUCAAGGAAAGUGAUCAGGAGGCAGGGAAUGUUGGGAAUACGGUGAUGGAGGGGGAGGUUCCUAUGAAUAUGGAGAAGGCGGAGGAGAGGGAUUUAAAGGCUGGCGAUGUUGUUAAAAAGGAUGGAGCGCGUAGGCCUGUGUUUAAUACUGGUCCAGGAGGUGUAGCUAGCAAGAAGUUUGCUCAGGUUAUCCUUUCACCAAGGAAACACACACUUGUUAAGCAAGGAAUAAAGGGGAGGAUCUCGUGUAGCAGUGGUUGGCAAGUUAUUCUCAUGUUAGUAUUAUUUUGGAGACACAGGUGGUUAUCACAAAAUUUUGAGAAUGGGCUAAAGGUUAAAUUCUGGCUGCGAUAUUGGCCAUUACAGUUUGAUGGAAAUUUGGAAUCCACGAUAGUGGUUUCUUGGUAUUUUAGGAUUGGUUUUAUGGAAUUCGGAGAUGUGGUAGUUACAUGGGGAUAUGUUAUGUUGCUGCAACCUUCAGUGAGAAAUAAUAUUCAUCCCCUCUUUCUUGACUAUUUUUGUUAUUUGGGAAUCAGGAGUAUAUGUUUUCAGGUGCUAUUUUCUCCAGUCUGUGAUCAGUUGAGGGUUCCUUUGCAACCGGUUAAUUACCAGGAGCGAGGGUAUAAUAGCUUGUGGGAUCCUUUAUUGUGGAUAGGACUUCGUCCUCUGUGUAAAGCACCGACUUGUACACUUCCUAGUAUUAAUGGGUUUCAUCUGUGUUUAGUUAUCUUAACUAAAGGUUGGCAUAUAUUAUGGUGUCAGUGUUUUGUGCAGGUCCUUUGGUGGUCUUUCAUAAUGCAAUACCAGCAAACUCAGAGUUUGGGACUCUUACUCCAAAGGGGGCGUAUCAAUGGAAGUUUUGGGGGCAAGAAUAUUGGUUUAAUGAUUUUCAUUGGGUUAUUAUUGAAGAAUGGCAAAGGGGACAUGAGGCGAUGGAAAGGAAAAAUAUGGAAGUAUAUGUGUAUUAGGGAGAGAAUUUCAUUUCUUUAUUCACAUUGGCACAUCCGUAGUUUUUUUGUUGUCUUGGAAGAGGUGGAAAAUUCAGGAGGAUCAUGUACGUCUUAUUAG